AGGAGGCGUCCUUUCUACCCCCUAAAGGGGGACGAUCCCAUCAAUGCGCAUCAAUGUGAAACUAAAACCACCCCCUGCUCAGAACUCACAAGAACUUCACGCAGUGGAUCAGACCGGGUAGAGAGAGGAAGAACAAACAAUGGCUGUACUACCCCUCCUGCUCCUGUUGGGGUCGCAGUUUCUCUGCGGUCGCGGCCAGCUGCAGUCCGCCGGCAUCGAGCUCCUGACGGAGGCCGCAGCGGCGUGGCAGGGGUCUCUGCCCUGCGCCAAGUGGGACUGCGACUGCGCCUUCCACAAACAGCCCGGCUGCUGCUGUGCAGCCGACGCAAUGUUCCAGCUGGAGGAGGAUUCCUUCCUCAGGAUUAAAGACUUGAUGCGUGACGUCAUGUCGCUGGGAAAAAAGGUGCAAAAGCUCACAGAUUACAGCAGGAUUGCCUUCGAAGCCAACAUGAAUCCAGGGGGUUCCCAAUGCUUCGGUCCUUUCAGCACCAACGUGCCGAUCCCCUACUCCAAUGUCACUCUUAACGAUGCCAACGGAUACAACCCUUCGCUGGGUGUCUUCACUGCUCCUUGUGCUGGCGUUUAUGUCUUCUCCUUUACGGUCCACUCGUGCGUAUUGGAGAAUGAGAGCCUCUACUAUAAAGUCCAGCUGAUGAGGAACGCCGUGGUGGAGGCCAGCGUGUGGGAGAACAACCGAGAAGACUUUGAAGACAACGCCAAUCACGUGGUGGUGCUGAAGCUUCAGAGAGGCGACCAGGUCUACGUCGAGCUGAUGUCCGGCAGGAAGCUCUGCACACAACAGCCGUUCAAUAUCUUCACCGGUUACAUGCUGUACCCCGACACUGGUGACUACAUGUAUUAAACCUUCAGAGUCCAGGUCAUGAACAUGAAAUAUAAAGUACGCGGGCGUUUGAUGUACAACGCGGUGCACACUUCUUUGAGUAGAGUAAAAAACGGAAGAUUUGGAUGCAUUUGUGCCAAUUGACUACCACAAUGGGACAUGCUUUUGAUUUGGAGAUAAUAAAAGUUCAUUUGACAGGCGA